AUGUCAAAGCUCUCGCCUACUUUGCUCACUCCUUAUGGAUAUUCUUCUGGAACAUGUGGAUAUUGUUCUCCAUCUGGACAGAGGAGUAAGGGAAAGACUUCUUCAAAAUAUGGUAUGGUAACUGAGCAGAUGACGCCUCAAUUCUAUCAGAUACUUGUAGAUAGAGGAUGGAGAAGAUCAGGUGAUUACUUAUAUCACCCAGAUAUGGCCCGUACAUGUUGUCCACAAUACACAAUAAGACUAAACACGACUCUCUUCAAAGGGAAUAAAAAACUUCGUCAAGUCACUAAUCGAUUCAACAGGUUUUUGCAAACAAGUAAAAAACCAGGUGAAUCAUCUUCUCCACCAAAGCUCUCUGAAAGCAAGAAUCAAUUUGCCGGAACUGGAAAAGAGGAGCAAAAAGGUGCUCAGAGCGUGAAUGAUAUCGGAAAAGGAAAAGGAAACGGCAAAGCAAAAGGAAAGGCGAGUGUCCCUCAACAGAGAGACUUGAUAGAUGAUCUACAUACAUUCGAAAUUGGUUAUACGUCAAACGAAGAUGAGUUAUCGCAUCGAUUUGAGACUCAACUCGUUCCCGCCAGAGCUACGAAAGAAUCGUUCGAGCUGUACAAAGCAUAUCAGAUCUCUGUACAUAAGGAUGAACCUGAUAAAGUUACGAUGAAAGGAUUCGAUAGGUUUCUUUGUGGAAGCACCCUGAUAGAAACACCUAUCAAAUAUACAAAAGAUGUACAAGAUGAAAUCAAGAAUGGGAGAUUACCAAAACAUUAUGGUCAAUAUCAUCUACUAUAUAACGUCGAUUCAAACCUUAUCGGUAUAUCAGUAAUUGACAUUUUACCAUGCUGCGUUAGUAGCGUGUAUUUUAUUUGGCAUCCGGAUUGGGCUUGGGCAAGUUUAGGUAAACUUUCAGCUUUAUAUGAAAUCUCGUUAUCUAGGAGAAUAAAGCAUGCAGGUGUCGAAGAGAUGAAUUGGGUUUACAUGGGCUACUGGAUACCGGAUUGCCAAAAAAUGAAGUAUAAAUCAGAUUAUGAGCCUUCAGAGCUCCUCGAUGCUGGGACCAACAAGUUUCAUCUGCUCGACGACAAACUCGAGUCUUUCCUGAUAUCACAUCCAACGGGAUAUUACCCCUUUUCUCGCAUAAUCAAGUCAAUGUCUGUUUCACCUGAUCCACCAAGCUCGAGCACAACUGCCAGGAAACCUGAAUUGGAGCAAUCAGAGGAAACGGCAUCAGCAUCAGACUCUGAAGAAGAAGAAGCUCCUUCCAGUUGGCCAAAUCCAUCUCCGCCAGGCUUUCUCAAUCCAGAUGACAUCGAAGACGAUACUUUGGAGGAUGUUCUGAUCCUUAUGGGUAGAAACAAAUUUACGGGUAAAGGAGGGAAGUUGGUACCUAUAAGUAUGCUUGAGUUCGGAAAUCAACGAGCAAUGUAUAACGAGAUCAAGCAAUUUGUAGCUGCUGUAGGUGAAGAUCACAUGGCUACAUCAGAGAAUGGAAUCGAGGGAAAGGCAGUGCUGUACUUCGGAUAG